AUGGCAGUACAUGAGGCUUUACUCAGGCCUGCUUGCCUGGAGCUUGCUGGAGCAUUAGAGGGUAAAAAGACGAUGAGAGGAGCAGAGCACUGUAAUGGUAUGAGAACGUUUGCAAAGAGGUUUUACUGGGACUUAAUCAUGCUCAUAAUGAUGGUUGGAAACCUUGUCAUUAUACCAGUUGGAAUCACAUUCUUCACAGAACAAACAACAACACCAUGGAUUAUUUUCAAUGUGGCAUCAGACACUGUUUUUCUAUUGGACUUGAUCAUGAAUUUUAGGACUGGGACUGUAAAUGAAGACAGCUCUGAAAUAAUACUGGAUCCUAAAAUCAUUAAGAUGAAUUACUUAAAAAGCUGGUUUGUGGUUGACUUCAUCUCAUCAAUACCAGUGGAUUAUAUCUUUCUCAUUGUAGAAAAAGGAAUGGAUUCAGAGGUUUACAAGACAGCAAGAGCACUUCGUAUUGUGAGAUUUACAAAAAUCCUCAGCCUGUUACGCUUAUUACGCCUUUCAAGACUGAUUAGAUACAUACACCAGUGGGAAGAGAUUUUCCACAUGACGUACGAUCUGGCCAGUGCUGUGGUGAGAAUCUUUAAUCUAAUCGGAAUGAUGCUGCUGCUGUGCCACUGGGAUGGUUGUCUGCAGUUUUUAGUACCAUUACUCCAGGAUUUCCCACCAGAUUGCUGGGUGUCCCUAAACGGUAUGGUUAAUGACUCCUGGGGAAAGCAGUACUCGUACGCACUCUUCAAAGCCAUGAGCCAUAUGCUCUGCAUUGGCUAUGGAGCCCGCGCCCCCGUCAGCAUGUCUGACCUCUGGAUUACCAUGUUGAGUAUGAUCGUGGGGGCAACUUGUUAUGCCAUGUUUGUUGGUCAUGCCACUGCCCUCAUUCAGUCUCUGGAUUCCUCACGGCGACAAUAUCAAGAAAAGUACAAACAAGUGGAACAGUACAUGUCAUUCCACAAGUUACCUGCUGAAAUGCGCCAGAAGAUCCAUGAUUACUAUGAGCACCGCUACCAAGGCAAGAUCUUCGAUGAAGAAAACAUUUUGAAUGAGCUCAAUGAUCCCCUCAGGGAGGAGAUUGUCAACUUCAACUGUCGGAAGCUGGUUGCUACAAUGCCUCUUUUUGCUAAUGCAGACCCAAAUUUUGUGACUGCCAUGCUAAGCAAACUGCGAUUUGAGGUGUUCCAACCUGGAGAUUAUAUUAUCCGAGAAGGGGCUGUAGGUAAAAAGAUGUAUUUCAUUCAGCACGGUGUUGCUGGUGUCAUCACCAAAUCCAACAAGGAGCUGAAGCUGACAGAUGGCUCUUACUUUGGAGAGAUUUGCCUUUUGACCAAGGGCCGUCGAACUGCCAGCGUACGAGCAGACACGUACUGUCGCCUGUAUUCCCUCUCAGUGGACAAUUUCAACGAGGUUCUGGAAGAGUACCCCAUGAUGAGAAGGGCCUUUGAAACGGUGGCAAUUGAUAGACUUGACAGGAUAGGGAAGAAGAACUCGAUCCUCCUGCAGAAGUUCCAGAAGGACCUCAACACCGGGGUUUUCAACAACCAGGAGAAUGAGAUCCUGAAGCAGAUCGUCAAGCACGACAGGGAGAUGGUGCAGACCAUCGCCCCGGCGAGCUUGCAGCAGGUGCCCGCUCUGAACUCCAGCACCUCGGCCUCAGCGUCGCGCGUCAGGACGCAGUCCCCUCCCGUCUACACCGCCGGCAGCCUGUCCCACGGAAGCCUGCACUCCCCCUCGCCCAGCACGCAGACAGCCCAGCAGGCUGCCAUCCUCUCGCCCUGCUCCUACACCACUGCCGUCUGCAGCCCACCCGUACAGAGCCCUCUGGCCGGCCGAACUUUCCAGUACGCCUCGCCGACCGCCUCGCAGCUCUCCCUCAUGCAGCAGCAGCCGCAGGUGCCCCAGCAGCCCCCGGGGGCCGCGCAGAAGAGCGAGGUCCACAAGAGCACCCAGGCCCUCCACAACACCAACCUGACGCGGGAGGUGCGGCCCCUCUCCGCCUCGCAGCCGUCCCUGCCCCACGAGAUCUCCACCCUGAUCGCCAGGCCUCACCCCACCGUGGGGGAGUCCCUCGCCUCCCUCCCGCAGCCCGCCCCCGGCCCCAGCGUGCCCCCGGCCGGCCGGGCCACCGUCCCCCAGCGGGUCUCGCUUUUCCGACAGAUGUCCUCGGGAGCCAUCCCCCCCAACCGGGGGGCCGCGCCGCCCCCGGCCCCCCUGCCAAGGGAUUCUUCUACAGUCUUAAGCACAGAGCCCGAGGGAGACAAACCGCGGUUUGCGUCAAACUUAUGA